AUGUCCAGAAAAUCUUAUCUAACCGCAGUUGUAACUCGCUAUGCACGUUCAAUAUCGAGUUCUAGCGCUUUAGAUCGUUCUCUCAAUCGCAACGGCUUCAAAAAGUCAGCGAAACAUGAGACGACGGUUCCUCCGAGAUCUUUCUUAUCGUCAUGCUUGAAGUUCACUCCUGUUGCAUGGCUCAUCCGAAAUGCCAUGGGUAUAGCGUUUUACCAAUUAGUGUUGGAAGGCAUCCUCACGGCCGUAUGUUCUUUGAUGCUUCUUGGGCAUUACACUACAACUGCAGGCAUAAGGUCACGACUGGAGAGUUGCCAUUAUCCUUUCACCAGCUUCGUUGACUGGGAUGGGGGCCAACACGACCAGAGUUUCACAGUUGGUCAAUACCACUUGACAGCAGAGGUGCUUACAGCGGCACACACAGCUCACAAUAUCGCCAGUGGAUUGCUUCCUCUUCAAUUAGUGGUGCUUGCGCUGACGUUCCCCGCAGCCAGGCGUGUGUGGGUUGGGGUGUCGACCCGCUCGAAGGCUCUGUGGCCCCACAAAGUUGAGGAGCAAAUCUCCAACAAUCCCUACGGAAAACGAAGAAACUACCGAAGGUAA